AUGCAAGUUUAUAGCAUUCCUCUGAAGGAGCAGGAAGUCAAAAUAAAUGGGUGCAAGUUCUUCAGUUUUGGAGAACUCAGCAAAGUUGGUGGCAAAAAGCAAAGUCGUACCAUCCUGGUCCUUGGAGCCACAGGUGCUGGGAAGUCCACUCUCAUCAAUGGGAUGAUCAAUCACAUUCUAGGUGUGAAAUGGGAAGACUCAUAUCGGUUUAAGUUGGUGGAUGAAGAUGACACGAAAUCCCAAGCUCACAGUCAGACAUCUGAGGUGGUUGUGUACAAACUAAACCACAGGGAGGGAUUUGAGGUUCCCUUCUCUCUGACCAUUAUAGACACACCAGGCUUUGGAGACACCAGAGGCAUAGACAGAGACAGGGAGAUCACAGAGCAGCUGCAUAACCUCUUUUCUGAUAAGGAUGGCGUCAGUGAAAUUAAUGCCGUGUGUUUUGUAGCUCAGGCGGCUUUAGCCCGUCUCACAUCAACACAGAAAUACGUCUUUGACUCCAUCCUGUCAAUCUUUGGUAAAGAUGUAGCAGAAAACAUCAGGGUCCUAGUGACCUUUGCAGAUGGUCAGAAGCCACCAGUUCUAUCUGGUAUAACAGAAUCAGGCGUCCCGUGUCCCAAAAGUAAAGAUGGCCUGCCUGUUCACUUCAAGUUCAACAACUCUGCUCUGUUUGCUGACAAUACAACCUCUGAAGCAGAUGCUCAAAAGUACAUUGAGAUGCUCAUUGAAGGAGAGAAACAGGAGGCCAAACCAGGCUGGAAGCAACGGGUCGAUUCACUGAUGAAAAUGAAGGAUAAAGCAGAGUUCAUGGCUAAAGUGGAGAAAGGAGAAAAACGUCUUCUUCAACAAGUGUCGCUUGACGUGACGUCUUAA